CACACUUCACGCUCAAAUCACUACAAAGGUACUACAAUGGUACUAAAAAUGAGAACUCUUUGUCUGAUCACUGUGAUUGCAACUGUCUGUCACGCCACUGUCGCCCCCAAACAACCACCGAAACAUUGUACCCAACCAGGCCCUCUGUGUGAAACCUGCGUCAACAUUGUUACUUGUAUCCAGAACAGUGAUGGUACCUGGACGAAGAACAACAUAGGAACCUGUUCAGACAAAUCAGAAAAGUGCUUUAACGGUACUUGCACCACGGACUACGAACCCAUUUGUGACGGUACUGCCGAUUUGGACUUCCUCUGUCAAAAAGUGGGAAUUUUUCCCGACCCUUUUUAUUGUAACGAGUUCGUCUUGUGUGUUGACAAAGCGCACGGGAAGUUGGUACCGUUUGUGAACGAGUGUGGCGAUGGAUAUGGGUACAAUCCUGGUACUUCUGCCUGCGAUGUUCAGUUAGACGGUGGCCAGUGUACCGAGGGACAAUAUCCGGUACCACCUUGCAACUACAUAGGGCAGAGUGGUGCUUUGGACGAAAACGACUCAAUUUACUAUACUUGUGAGCAGUAUAGUAAAAUUAAGGAUGUUUUGUAUCCUGUGUUAGAUCGGUGUCCACAUGGAGAGGUGUAUCGUGAUUAUGGGUGUCACGAAAAUGGUAGUGAAGGGAGUGCGACAACCGCGGAAUAAAACUUUGUCGUUUUUAAAAUAA